GCGCGUCGGUGCCGACGGUCUCCAGGAGGGAGUGAAGAGGAGGAGGAGGAGGUGAGCUCCUCUGGCCUGAUGUGCAGCUGGUGGGAAGAGAAGAGCUGAGGCCUUCCCCUGUUCCAUCUGUACCUUUGAAAGGAUUUCACUGAACGCCAUGCAUGGCAGGCAAAGCAGAUUGAAGAAUGCUACUACACUCAGGAAAAUCACACUUUGAAAUCUGUCCAUUGGACUGAAGCAGAUAGGAUGGGUUGGAAGAAAUACUGUUCAACACUGAGAUCCACAGCCAAGAUUCCCAGACUGCUUUGGUGAAGAGCUCUGAAGCAGCACCACCUGGUAUUUUACUGCUGCCAGUUAUGAAUGCAGGCCCAUGUCCCAAGAACCUCUCCAGCUCUCCUGAAGGCCUUUGAGGCACCGAAAGGGGCUCUGAGGUCUCCCUGGAGCCUUCUCUUCUCCAGGUCCAGGUACACGGAAAAAAACCAGAAGUUUCAGCUGUAGCAUUGCUGUGAGCCUGACUGCCCGUGGAACACUGUUUUGAGGUUUCAGACAGUUCUGAAGUACUUGGAAAAUGAGUGUCCUUCUCAUUGAACCCUUUUAUGGUGGCUCCCACAAACAGCUGAUGGAUCUUCUCCAGGAAGAGCUACAAGAAGAUUGUGUCCUCUGCACACUCCCAGCCAAGAAGUGGCAUUGGAAGGCACGGACCUCUGCUCUUUAUUUCAUGCAAACAGUGCCAACAAGUUCUAAUUACAGGAUCCUCUUUGCAAGCUCGGUGCUUAACCUGGCUGAACUCGCCGCCCUCCGCCCUGACCUUGGCAAAUUGAAAAAGGUCCUCUACUUCCAUGAGAACCAAUUGGCAUAUCCUGUCCAGAAAUGCCAGGAAAGGGAUUUUCAGUAUGGAUACAACCAAAUUCUUUCAUGUUUGGUUGCUGAUGUUGUGGUGUUCAACUCUGCUUUUAAUAUGGAAUCCUUUCUUAAAUCCAUUGGAAAAUUUAUGAAGCUGAUUCCUGACCACAGACCUAAGGAUUUGGAAAAAAUAAUCAGACCGAAGUGCCAAGUUCUUUAUUUUCCAGUCAGGUUUCCUGAUGUGAGCAGGUUCAUGCCAGAGCAUAAACUUGCCCGUUUGGAAAAGGUAAUUGGUGUUAAAAGGAAUGGAGAUGCUUAUCAGUCAGAGGGACUGCCUGGGCAGCAGGAGAGCAGAGCUGUAAUGAAAACCAUUGAUGCACAUCCUGAGUCUGGACUUUGUGAGCCCCAGCCUGGGCUCUGCACCACACAGCACGAGGGGCUGCCCUCCCCAGCAGCAGCCCCAGUCCAGGCUGAAGCACCAGAAAGAACAAAUCCUUGUCAAGGGGAAGAUAAGCAACAUCUGACUUUUAACCUCUCUAAUAUCUUGAGUGGACUGGACUAUCAGCAAAGACCUCUGCACAUUGCCUGGCCUCACAGGUGGGAACAUGACAAAGAUCCUGAAACUUUCUUUAAAGUCCUGAUGAAGCUGAAACAGCAAGAUCUGCCUUUCCAUGUGUCCGUCCUCGGAGAGACUUUCAGUGAAAUUCCAGAUAUCUUUUCAGAGGCCAGGGAGGUGUUGGGAUCGUCCGUCUUGCACUGGGGGUACUUGCCUAGCAAGGAUGACUAUUUCCGAGCUCUGUGCACAGCUGAUGUUGUCAUCUCCACAGCCAAACAUGAAUUCUUUGGCGUGGCAAUGAUCGAGGCUGUGCAUUGUGGCUGUUACCCGCUGUGUCCCAAAGCCUUGGUGUACCCAGAGAUAUUCCCAGCUGAAUAUCUGUAUUCUACACCUGAACAGCUUUUUAAAAGGCUUCAGAAUUUCUGCAAGAGACCAGAUAUUGUAAGGAGACAUCUCUAUAAGGGCGAGACGGCCGGGUUUUCUUGGGCAGCGCUCGGCAGUAAAUUCAGGUCUCUGCUCGCAGCAGAACCGAGGGAAGAUUUGUGACAGAUGGGGCUAAGUCACAAACUUGCAGCCUCAGGCAGAAUUGUGGAAGUUUCCAGAGUGUGCCCAUAUUUACCUGAUCAGAGAGAAAAGAAAAUCUGCAGAGGAAGCCGAGCCUGGCUGCUUGUCAUAGCUGACACAGAGCCAUCUGCCACAAACCUGUGGCGGCUUCAGAUCUCCAAUCCCUGCCACCACCCCAGCUCAAAUUAAAUACAGAUUCUUAGAGACGUUAUGAUGGUUACACAUGUCCUCGGCAUCACAUGCAGGAGACUGUUCAAAAAAAAUAUGUGGCCUGUUGUGUAACCGCACUCAUGUAUCCCAUAUGUGGUGCCACAUUGAAUUUCCGGUUGAAUCUGUUUUUAUCCUUUGUACUGGAUGACAUGGUGCCUGAAUUCUUUCUU